GUCUGAAUUAGCGUCCGUUAUGCCACCCAGGCGUCCCACUAGCGAUCGUUCCUUAGCACUUGACGAACCACCCGCUAGGAAACGUCCCAUUGACGAUGAUGAUGAUUUAUCUCCGGCGAAGAGAACUCGAAGCAGUGGUAUUCCGCCUUUAGAAAUCUUAAUAGAGGGAGCUCCCGGCGCUACGCCCUCAUCACUCAAACCAAAGCGAAGGAGGCUGAAGAAGGAAGAAAAUGAGAUGACUGAGAAGAAAGGGAACGAAUCCACGUCGAAAUGCGCAUCACCCAUGGUGAAACGCGCACGAGGACAACCAACCAAAACAUCUCCUUCUUGUCGUAUGGUUAUAGAAUCUGUCGAGAUAAGCUCUCCACUUCCGCAGUUGACUUCGCUCUCUCUGCAUUCUAGAAACGCGCCUCACUCCCCGUCGCGGGUUCGGCUUGUGGAGCCAGAUGAUGACGACGAAGAUGAGUUCAACCUCCGUCCUAAAAGGAGAGUAGUUCGCAAACCUGUCGAAAGGAUCCUCAAGGGGUACGAUCGUGGAUCGAGAUCGACUCUCACAAAGGACUCGCGAGUUCGACAACAGCAGAACUUGCCAUCGUCCCCUCCAUCCCUCGAUACUCCCAAGGAGGUUUUUGAACCUGCGUCAUUUAUUCAACGCAAGAAAGGUCUGCGUGAUAAGGGCGCCGUAGCCACAGAUGAGCUGCACUCGCCGUCUUUUCGACACGAUUCCGGCAACAUUCUACCCGCAAUGCAUGAAGAGCCCCGAGUCGUUCAGGACUCGGGUCGUCAUCGACUUCGAAAUCCCCACAGUCUGGAAUGCUCAAACGAAAGUCAGUUAACGGUUCGGACUAUGAAGGCUACAAGUUCUCCCACUAGGCUGGGACUGAAUUCCGUACGAGGUCAAGGCACUCCUCGGUCGCAAAAUAAAAUGGUAACUAGCACCGACGCUUUGUUGACUGCUCAAAAACGAGCCUGUUUAGCAGCCUUAAGGACCCCUUCCCUCUUUGAACCAGAGGCAGACGAUGUGAAUGCUAUGUCGAUGGAGACUCUUCUGCAGCUUCUGCAAGGGACCGUCUAUCGUGGCGAAGGAAAUAGUUGCCUUGUACUCGGCCCACGCGAGAGCGGUAAGACAAGGAUGGUCGAAGAAACGAUAUGUUCCCUGGAGGGAAAUGCUCAGGACUCUUCGUCCUCACGCGGCUCAUCCAAAACUCCGAUUGUUAUUCGUCUUUCAGGCCACACUCACUUGAAUGAUAAGCUUGCCUUGAAUGAGAUUGGCCGUCAGAUUUAUCUUCAGACGGGCUCGUCUCAACUGGCCGCUGCAGAUGAUGGAGAUUUGGACCCUAGUCACGACUUCGAAGAUGAGCCCGCUCUGGGUUCUCGACUAGCUUCCAUCUUGCCACCCCCCGCCCUGCUUCCCACUCUUGUCACUACUAUGGCAUCUCUUCCACGGCCUACUAUUGUCAUAUUAGAUGCAUUUGACCUCUUUAUGGCACAUGCUCGCCAAGCCCUCUUAUAUUGUUUGUUGGAUACAGUGCAAAGCUGCCGGGCGGGCGAGGGCCGGAACGGUGUUGCCGUUAUUGGGGUCACUUCACGAGUCGAUUGUCUCAAUCUGCUCGAGAAGCGAGUGAAGUCUAGAUUCUCUCAUCGGAUUAUCAAAUGGUCGCCUCCCUGUUCCACAAACACAUAUACUCGUUACGUAAUGACAAUGCUGAAAGUCCCAAUUAAUCCCAUGGAUGAGAAAGCAGCAGACAUGGUCAAGGACCCAGACGGAGAGCUUGAGGAUUGGAGGAAUCGUUGGGACAAUAGUGUAGAUAGUGUUCUCAAUUCAAAAUCCACUCAGUUGGUUUUGAAGCAGACCUUUGAGCUCAUACGGAGCCUGGCACCUAUAUGUCGAAUUUUUACCGCCGCACUUUUGGACCUCAACCGGGAUAACCUAUAUCUUACCCCAGAGUUAAUUCUGGCCCACUCGAAGAUGCAGCGGAGUCCCGACCGGUUUCCAUUCCUUUAUGAUUUAUCUUAUCCAUGUUUGGGGCUGCUUAUUGCGUCUGAGCAUGCUCGGACAGCUGGUCACGAUGCUUUCACAUUUGAGUACCUCUUUGACCUAUACACACGGGCGGCGAAGCAGUCUGCUAGUCUAAACGUCAGCCUCGACGGAGUGUCUAUUGGUCUCCUCCAGCUUUCUAGGGAGAUUCUCACUGGGGCCUGCGAUGACCUUAUCACUUUGCGGAUUUUCCUGCCAUCUGGACCAACUUCUACCAGCACGUCGCGUCAGUACAUAAAAUACCGGUGCGAAGCCACAAAGGAAGAAGUACGUAAUGCUGUGGAAAGGCGCGCGAAUACCCAACUCAAAAGGUGGUUGCAAAAACCUGCAUAGCUGCACAGUACUUGUAUACAUUAUUAUUAUGGCUACUAUUGUACAUUAUAACUUCACGCCAUCACUGUCCUCAUCUUCG